GCAGAUGGACUGUGGUUUAUUCUUUGUUUGAGGAGUACUGUACUUUACCUUUUUACAGAAGAUGCUGUGAUUUCGUGAUCAAGGAAUCUGCCUGUUUGUUCCACAUCAGUAUGGCUUUGGAAGAUAUUCUUAGCUUCAAAGACAGUUAUUUGCGUGAAAAGUGGGUUCCUUUUUCACCUUUUGAGGAUAUAUUUGCAUCUCUUCACAUGACGAACAACUACAGCCUUGGAUGGAGAACACCGGAGACAUCUGAUAGAAGUUGUCAGGUUCCCAUGCACUUUUUCAUGCCGCCCUUGCCAAACUGCCUCAACAAACCCUCAGCUCUUCUUCGCCCUCGCAAACACUCAGCGCCAGUCUCCAGGCCUUUUCAUUUGUCUCACGGAACAACAACCCUGGGUUUCAUCUUCCAAGGUGGGGUGAUAGCAGCUGCAGACACACGCGCCAGUGCUGGAGGACUAGUUGCCUGUCCUGCUGUCCAUAAGAUUACCCCGAUUCACUCCCAUUUAGUGGUCACCUCCUCUGGCAGCGGUGCAGACUGCACGCUGUGGGAGCGGAUUCUGAUAAGAGAGAUCCGGCUCUACGAACUGCGACACGGACGGCGGCUUUCCAUACGCGGCACAGCCAAGCUCCUCUCGUUUAUGUUGCAUCCCUUUAAAGGUACUGAGGUGUGUGUGGCUCUCACUCUGUGUGGCUGGGAUAAAGAAGGCCCAAAGCUGAUUUAUGUGUGCAGUGAUGGAGCCCGACUGCAGGGAAACGUUUUCUCCAUUGGGUCCGGCUCUCCAUAUGCUUAUGGAGUUCUGGACGGGGGGCUGAGAUGGAGGAUGAGCAAGGAAGAAGCCAUUUGUUUGGCGAGAGAGGCUGUGUUCCGAGCCACUCACAGGGAUGCCUACUCAGGAAACAACGUGGACCUUUUCCAUGUCACAGCCCAGGGAUGGAGCCAAAGGAAGAGGGAGGACUUGAAAGAAGAAUAUUACAGGAGGAUGCAGGAGAGAGGGGAAGCAAGGGAGGAGGGGGGAAAAAACAGUGACAAAUGUUGCUAA